GGGCGGCUCUGCCGGCGCUCAGGGGCGCUCCCCUCCGCCGUCCGAGCGGGGCGGCUCUCGCGGGAGGCGGCGCCAUGGGGCUGCACGGCGUCAAGGCGGUGUUCUUCGAUCUGGACAACACGCUGAUCGACACGGCGGCGGCCGGGCGGCGCGCCAUCGAGGAGGUGAUAAGCGCCCUGCAGUCCAAGCACCACUACGGGGACGGAGAGGCCCGCGCCGUCUGCGACAAGGUCCAGGCCAAGCUCCUCAAGGAGUGCCACGAUCCCGCCAAGAUGUGCAUCACAGACCUGCGGAUUUCGCACUGGGAGGAGGCGAUCCAGGAGACCAUCGGGGGGGAGGCGAACCGCGACCUGGCGGCCGAGUGCUAUUACCUGUGGAAGACGACGCGGCUGCAGCACCUGACGCUGGCCGAGGACACGCGGGCCAUGCUCACCGAGCUGCGGAAAGGCCUCCGCCUGCUGCUGCUCACCAACGGCGACCGGCAGACGCAGAGGGAGAAGAUCGAGGCGUGCGCCUGCCAGCCCUACUUCGAUGCCAUCGUUGUGGGGGGAGAGCAGAAAGAGGAGAAACCGGCGCCAUCCAUAUUUCAUUACUGUUGCGAUCUCCUGGGGGUGCAGCCCGCAGAGUGUGUGAUGGUCGGGGACUCUCUAGAUACAGAUAUUCAAGGAGGCCUGAAUGCUGGCUUGAAAGCCACAGUCUGGUUAAACAAAACAAUGACCGCCCCAGUAGAUACUUACCCCGUACCUCAUUAUAUUAUUUCUUCUGUACUGGAUCUUCCAGCAGUUUUACAGAAGAUGGAGCACAACAUUAAUGCUAAGUUAGAAACUGACCAUAUGGCUGGUAGUGAUGAAGCACAUUGAUGAUGGUUCCAGCAUACAGAGACAUGCUGAGCUGUUAGGUGACACAUGCUCUUUUUAAAAAUCUGACCCUAGGAGUUUGAACUCAUCUAUGGUCUCUUUUAAACAGCAGAGGGAUGAAUAAGAGCACAGUUGUCAGGGAAAACAGGACAGAAACACAGAAUUAUAUUAAUUUAAAUCAUGAAAGUGCAGUUAAUCUAAGGCAACUGCCUCUGUCUGGAAAUUCUUUUGACAGACUGUGGCAGAAGUAUGUCUGUCUCUGACCUAAGUUGCCAGUCUCUUGUUUUUAUAGUGGAAAAGAAAAUUUGAAUGUUCUGAGCUUUCAC